AUGGAUGAUGAUCCUUGGGAUUGGGGAGUCGAGCGGGUCGUUCGAGAGCUCUGCUCCCAGAAUCGAACCUGGAGGCUGCCAGCACCCUCGUCAAAUCUUCCCCCACGACUCAAGACUCUUCUCCGCGAACAGGAUGCCAACGGCCACGUUAUCCUCACUUCGGACGAAGAAGUGCUGUUUGAGGUACUCGGUAUGAAGACCCUUAAUCACAAGGCGACGUUCAGAAGCGCCCUCGGUCAGUUCCGCCGACUUAGCCCCAAGUACAAUCGUCUCGAACUGCAGUACGCCGACACGCCUGCCCACGACGACUCACCUUCUGCGGCUGCCGCUGCAGAAUCUCCCGCUACCGACAAGCCGCCUAGCAAGAGACGACGGAUCAAUAGCGAGGCAAUCUUGGUGGAAGAGAAGCAGCCUAAGGAUAUUGCGCCGCAGUCCACCACUGCUCCCCACGAACCUACAAAACGCAGGGUUCGGCCGCAGUUGGUAUCGAGAGAUGGCAUCAACCGAAAGCAGCAACCGGCCAAGCCUUACUUCAAUCAGGCGGGCCUUUCAAACUAUAACAUCUCCCAUCACGACGCUGACUCCCCCGAUGACCAAGUCCGCGAAUUCACCUUUCAGAGUGAGAAUAUCCCGGUAGGACACCGGAUUCAAGUCCAUCGGCUACUGAGACGCGCUGCAUACCAACAUCGCCCAGGAGCCUCCCCCCCGUUUCGCCGCUGGAAUAAGCAGCCAAGUGAUGUAGUCGUGCCUCUUAGUGACCCCUUUGACGACGAUGUUCUCCCACUUUAUGGCGAGUCCGAUGAAGAAUACGACUCGGAAACUUGGAAGGAGAUUCAAGAAGAACAGGAGGAGCGUAAGAAUCGACAACCACACGGCAACAGCCUCACCGCCCAAGCGAUCGAAGAUAUCCUCGACGAGGUUAUCCAGCGUUACGAAGCUGAAUGGUGGGAAGAGAAGGAGGACGAUCUACGUCACAACGCACUCGACACGUGGCGUAGCCUCCGGGAGGGUUCCCAUCGCCAAUCUCUUUGCAAGAUAUCCGAGGAUCUGCGGCACCUCGACGAGCGCAUUGCUGCCUUGCGGCGUCAGACUGCCACAUGCCCAUGGAGCACAAGAAUCGAACUUGUACGUGGCGCCGCGAAUCUGAGGCCUUCGGUCCGAGAUCGACUCCGAACCAGAUGGCUCCAAGACCUAGCAAACCAGAAACACGAACCCAGUCGCGCAGUAACGUCGCCACCGCGGCGCACGGGAAAAGCUGCCAGCACCAGUUUUGAGGACCACAGCACCGACACUGGUGAAGACCUAAGCAGCGACUCCGAGGGGAUAGUACAAACACAUCGCAGAAAUGCAACUUCCCGUGCUCCCAAGACGCGAAGUGCUGCUGAGCCUAUAAAGCUAGCUCCUCGGGAAGUGGUUUAUAUUAGUAGUGACGACGAAUCUGACGAUGAUCAGUCCUCACCCGCAUCUCCCGACGGAAAUGCCGUACCGGUCGAUAAUAUGGAUGAUGACGCCGACGAGGAGGGACACCAAGACGAGAUCGAAAAUCUUGGCGGGCAGUUUGCCAAUCGCACCAUCUCUAAUGAAAACUGGACAAGCCUAUGCCACCUGUUCCAGUGCCAAGAGAAUAUAACAGAGCACAGACCGGUUGGCUUUAAGCUAACUAUCUCCGCCUACCAACUUCACGCCGUCUGGUGGAUGGUGACACAGUUCCCAAUACGGGGCGUGCCGGGCGGCUGCCUUGGUGACGAAAUGGGUCUAGGCAAGACGAUCGAGGUGCUUGCCUCCUUUGUUAUAUUCGCUCUCAUCAAGGCGAAUCAUGCAGAAGUACAAGACUUUUGGAAGAAAAGUCGCACCAUCGAUGGCCGUACGCAUCUGCCCCAGAACCAAGAGAAAAUGAUGGACUCCGUCUGCCCCAGCCAGCGCGUCUCACCUUACGGUCUACUUUGUCCUUGUGUCAAGUCCGGACAGACAUACCUGGUGGCCACCAUGCUGGCGUCGCUGCCCACCAUAUGCUUCGCCCCUCCGAGCUCGAUCCACGGCUGGCGUCGAGAGUUUGAAAAGCUCAUCGACGCAGGCCAUCCCAUCAUGCAGCAUCUCCACUUCUCCAUUUUGCAUAACGACUUCAAAGGAGAUAAAACAUAUUAUCACACCAGCGACCGUGUUGGGCAAACCAUGGCUGAGGCCACUAGGUACUACGUCAACCAACGAAACCAACCCGAAUGUCAUCUCGAAGGCCGAAAGGGGCUUAGCAAUUGGUUCUUGUUGGUCAGCUCGUCUGGGGCACCGGGGCUACGCAAAGCUUAUAACGGCAAACGUGUCAGGUACAAAGCCGAGGAUGAUACAUACCACGAGGGCAAGGUGUUCACUACCAAUGGUCUUGCUGCAACUUUCGUCUUUUUCGACGAGGCGCACACCUACCGCGGCUCUCUAUCAAAUAAGACUCAGCCGUUCGCCCUGCUAAAAACUAUCACCGAAAAGUCCUGGGAUCCCACGGUCGCCUUCGCCAUCUCGGGCUCCAUCUCGGCCGGUGGUCCUGGCCAACUAACCAACAUCGUUGACCACAUUCUUCGAGUCAAGGGUGAACAACAAGAAGGCAGGCCCAGCAUCGGCGGUGUUACCAACGUGACUGAGCUUGAAGAUAAGAAAGUUGACUGGAACUACCUGUUGCAAAAACACCAUAUUGUAAAGACCAAGGAUAAGGUGGACAAACGCAAGAAAUCGAUCAGCGAGUUAAUGGAGAACCUUGUCCCCCAUGUACUCAUGGCCCGUCGCAAUGUGGACACCUUUCGCGGCCAGACUAUUGGCGAUGCCGGACGAGAAAUCGUCGUACAACGCGUCGUGUGCAACAUGGUUAAUGGGGCUGGCCGCAACGCAUUUUGCAAGCUGACUGCCAACGUCCAGGCAUAUGUUAGAAAGGCUUUCGACGAGAGGCACAAUGCUUGGAAAGUCGACGGAACGCGGGGUCCUGAACCUACCCAGCACAGUGUCGAACUCGAGUUCUUCGGUGGAGAGGGUGCCGCAGCGAUGAAACUGGGCAAAGGCCGUAGCGGUAUCUGGACACAGCUGCUUCGUGCAAACGUCUAUCCCGAAGUCGCUCGCCUUUAUCUGGACAAGCUCGUCCCGGAGGAGGACCUAGAACGCAAUAGCAUCAAUCGCCAUGGAGAUAAGGCCUGCUUGCUUGUAGCUACCGAUGCCGGCCAAAACGACUUGCAGCGGCAGUUGGCCAGUUCCCCGUUCUGGCCAUAUCUUCCACAGCUCAUGGAGCAGUCUUCGAAAUUUGCCCAGCUCUGCCAGUAUGUAAACGACAUGGUGGCAUACAGGGACCGCCGGCCGGUCGCCAUUGACGAUCCCGGCCCUGCUGAUGGCACGAACAUCCGACACAUGGUUGUCUUGUCUGACACGCCUGUGUCCAGCUACAUCACCUUCAUGUUACUGUGCGUCAAGUUUCCGAAAGUCAAGGUGAUGCUGAUCAACGGACGCACGCGCAAGGUGGCCACUGAGAAGACACCUGAAUACGGGCGCAGAGAAAUGAUCGAAGAUUUGAUGUCCGACUGCACGAGUAAAUCACGCAAUAAGAUCAUUGUCUCCACCUACCGUAUCUGUGGGACGGCGCUGAACAUGCAACGCGCAAAUUACUGCGUGAUGUUAGAGCCUGCUUGCGAUGCUAAAGAAGAAGCCCAAGCGGCUGCUCGCGUCAAUCGACGGGGCCAGUGUAUGCGGCCUGUCACUGUGCGAUUGCAUGAUGAACGUAACCUUCCCGAAACACUGAAACGCUCUCGUCAUCAAAACCAAGACAAAAUGGAGAACUGGCAAGAGCAGGGCAUUCCUUGGGAUGACUACCUGUAG